CUUCCUGAAUUGUUUACAGCAGUUUUCAGUUACAGUGAGAGAAAGGAGAGCGGAGCUUAGUUCAGGCUAGUGGUUAAACCAUACACAAAAACGAAAGCAAUUGACCCCUGGAAUUUUGUGCUUGUUCAUUUAUUUUAUAAAGAAGAUAAUUAUUUAAUUCCAAUAGGGUAUUGCAGUUGAGACGGUCAACAUGGUUAUAAUGACGAAAAAGUUAAAGGAAUUUGAUGUCGUGUUCAAUGAUCCAGCAAAAAGCUACUCCAGCGGAGAUAAAGUGGCUGGAAAGAUCAUCUUGGAAGUACUGGAACUUACCCAGGUGUCCGCAAUGCGGGUGAUCGGCAUCGGAUGCGCAAAAGUGGAAUACCCUAAAGGCAAGCAGCGCUGCAAAGAAGAAGUGGACUACUUGCGCUACGAAGACACGCUCCGUCUGGACGACCAUCCCACAGAAGAGGAUGGCUCCGUUAUUCUGAUACCCGGCAAAAGAUACGAGUACAUGUUUGGAUUUGAGCUUCCACAGCAAGGACAGCUGGUCUCUUCUUACAAAGGAAAGUUUGGCAGUGUGCAGUAUUACGUCAAGGCUUUUCUUGACAGACCUGGCCAGCCUUCUCAGGAGUCGAUGAAGAACUUUGAAGUUGUGGAGCCCAUCGAUGUCAACACUCCUGAAUUGAUGUCUCCAGCAGCUGGAACAAAAGGAAAGAAAGUGACCUGCAUGUUCAUCUCUGAUGGUCAGGUGUCUGUCAAUGCUAAGAUUGACAGGAGAGGAUAUUGUGAAGGUGAGGAGAUCUGCAUUGAUGCAAAUUUUGAAAAUACCUGUUCGCGCAUCGUUGUUCCAAAAGCAGCCAUUGUUGCCAAACACAUCUACCAGGCAAAUGGACGGAGCAAAGUCCAGAGGCAGAAGCUGUGCUCAGUGCGGGGCAACCACAUCAUUUCAGGUACAUGUGAAGCCUGGAGAGGAAAGACCAUCCGUGUACCAAAAAUCAAGCCUUCCAUCCUGGAUUGCAACAUCAUCCGUGUAGAGUAUGCCCUCAUGGUAUAUGUUCACAUCCCUGGCUCAGAUAAGCUGAUUCUGGAGCUUCCUCUUGUCAUUGGUACCAUUCCUUACAAUGGAUUCAGCAGCCGAAACAACAGUUUGUGCAGUCAAGAGAGCAGCAGUACAGCUAGCAACAGUUGGGCAUCUAUGCCAUCUGCACCUCCAAGCUACAGUGACAUCUCCAACGACUACAGGAUGGAGAGCCCCACCCUUCCACUGCUUGAUGACUAUGAUGGCUGUGAUAGCCCACUUUUCAUGAUGGCUCCUCGAUUCGAGUUCCCACCACCUGCAUAUAAAGAAGUUGAUGAAGAGUGCAAUGGCAAUGUUUCAUAAGCAAAUCACAUCCAAGCCUUUACUGGUCUUUUGAACUUGACACUUCAUCGUACUGAUUUUGCAGAAGCCUGCUUGGCAGAAUUUUGGGCAGGGGUUUGCUGCACACUGCUUGAGCAGACAGGUCUCGGGUUACAGUGGAGAGUGAGACUGCAGCAUUGGCUUUGGCAUCUUUUCAGAUCUGCUCCAACACUGACAUACUGGCGAGGAGAACAAGCAACCAAAUGCUUAAAGUACUGUUUCUGAUGCAUUGCGUGGCAAAGCACUCCAUUCAGUUUUGAAGAGUGCAAUGGCAAAAUGAAAAUUAUAUACUUCUAGCAUUUCAAUAAUCUUUUCUGGAAAUUGAGAAGAAAUUUUAAGCUGUAUAUGUAUUUCCAUAUUCUGUAAACCCCUAUUUCAGGGCAUUUGGAGUCUUUUUGGGCGCUGCACUAAAUGUGCUGCGUUUGUUGGCCGUCCUUGUGUAUCAUUCCAAUAAUGCUCCUUUGUAGAAGUCGGGAAAGACGAUAAGGAUUACUGAUUCCCUGAUUCGUUUCUUUUUAGUCAGAUUAAUUUAUGCAAAAUGAGCUUACUGAUAUUUUACUUUAGCCACUAUCCAAUCAGAAGAGCUGUUGUGAGGGUCCUUUUUGAGACUGUUGUAAAUCAGUAUUUUGGUUUUAGUUACUACUACUGUAUUAUGAGCACUUUUUUUUUUUUGUUUUGUUUUGUUAACGCAAUAUGCUUUUGAACUGCCUGUGCAAAUUCCACUUUGGGUGGUUUAAUACAAAUGUGUUGAUUGUCAGAGCAUUCUUGGAUUUCACUACAAGUGCCAUAUUUUGUACAUAUUUUUAAACUGCUGUGGCAAAUCAACAGCAAUGCACUUUUCCUAUUUUGUGUUUUUUGUUUGAAAACUGUUAGCACUGCAUUUCAUUCUAAAUUUUAAAUAUCUUUAUAAUAAUGGAGUUUGAAUCUGUGAAUUAUUGUAUUACUUUUUUAUUUUUAUACAUAUUUUUUUUUUCUGUAUUGAAAAAGUGUUAUUUUGUAAUAUAUUUAAAACCCUAUGGGUUACUUUUAUUUGAUCAAUAAAAGUUUUGAAGUUUA